AUGAGUUUAAAUUUUAGCAUAGCCAAUGUCGUUUAUGUAAAGAACCUUUCCACCGAUGUGACAGAGAAGGACAUAAAAGAAAAAUUUGAAUCAUGUGAUGAGAUAAUAGGCGUCGUUUUUAAGAACUUCCCUGGAAAGAACCAGAAGUACUGUCAAAUCGAGUUCAAGAGCUCAGAGGGAAUAACGAAAGCUUCUCGCCUCAAUGGCGAGCUGCUGCUGAAUGUCCCCAUGGUGGUAACUGUCAUAGAACCCAUUUCACAUAAUCCACCUUUUUCCGACCCAGCUAUCGGUAACAAUGAGACGGAUAAAAAUUUAGCCACGUCCCUAGAUGCACGAACCGGUGCCCUCGUUAACACUGCUACCGCGCAGGCCCUACAAAAUAUCCUUCUCCAGCAGCAACUCCUAUCGGAGCAGAAGAAGGGACUCGUGGACUUCCAAAACUCGUUGAACGAGAAGAACAACAAAUUUGACGUCUUCUCGAAAAUUAUCUACAUGGAAAAUGUUCCCCCAAAUUGCAGCGAAGAUGAUAUAAAGGCCCUGUUCAAGAACGUGGGGACCACUACUAGCUACAAGCUCCACUACAACGAACAGAAAAAAGUGCACACGGCGUUUGUUGAAUUUACGAACGAAGAACAUGCCAAGGCUGCUCUACAUUUGAACGGAACCAAAAUAGGAACCAACGAAAUAAUCAUAAGAGAUGCAUGCAGCUUAAUCAACGAAAGAGAUAAUUUGAAAAAUAACUUUUCCUUUUAUAGUAACGGCACAAGUGUCACGAACACCAAGGGUGACGUCAGUGAUCCUCCCCCAGUGAAAAAACCACCUGUGGUUAAUGAGAAGGUAGAAAAGGUCCUCGCUUUAAGGGAAAAACUAAGUCAAAAACUUUUCGCCUUGUAUAAUUCUAGUGCCGCGGUUGCAAAUAACCUCGCACAGGUUAAUCCGCAGCUGACGGGGGUACCCGCAGAGGGUGUUCCAGGGGUUACAGCAGGCAUAACGGUUGGGGUAAAUCGGGCGGCCACGUCCACCAUCAGCGCCGUGCCGAAUACGGAGCAACCCAAAACGGUAGCAGAGAGUAACAACGUGAGCGAGGCGAAGGAGAAAAAAAAGGCUAAAGAGGAAGGAGAGAACACCGAUGAGGAUGCAACACAAGACAAGGUGAGGAAAGGCAAAAAAUCCAGGAGUGGGAAAUACAGCAGCAGCGAAUCGUCUUCCUCCUCCCGAAGCAGCUCCUAUACCUCAUCCAGCAGCAGGAGCAGCUACAGGAGGCAUGGAAGCAAAACAAAAUCCAGGCGAAAACGUAGCCAUAAAAGGCGCAGCAGUGAUACUCGUAAAAGAGAUAAAUAUGAUAGCCGCUCCAGGAGUAACGAUUCUUCAAGUUCAUAUGAGUCACAUAAAAGAAGCAGGUAUCGUGACAGGGAAAGUGAAAUUAGAAGAACCAGAAAAAGAUACCACAGCUCUUCCGUCAGUUGUAGCAACUCCUCUGAUUCGCCCAGACGAAGGCGAAAAAGGUCCACCAGCAACAAGCCCUGGUGGGUCAAAGAAUCGGAAAAGAUGGAGAUGAGGCAGCGGUUGAAGGAGAGGCAGAGGCGAGAAAUGGCCUACAGGGAAAGGUACAGACGCUAG